CCUCUCUCACACUCCAACUCCAGAGAAAAUUAAAAAUAAAAAAAAUAAAAGAAAAAGAGAACUCCUUACAGCAUUAGGAGACGGAAACCCUAGUUUUUCCUUCCCUAUAUAAUAUAUUCGAUCAGAAACCAAAUUCUUCCCAACUAAUACUCUCUGUUUUCUUUUGUUUUGUUUUGUGAUUUUCCACUGAAAAACUUAUUUUUUUUUCGGAAUUUUUUCUGAGAUACCAAUGGCGGCUGAUAUUUCCGCUCCGUCUACGUCAACGUCUCAGCCGCCUCCGUCCCCUGAGGCGGCUAUUGGGGUUCCCGCCAACCUGGCGCUGUACGUGGGGGAUCUGGACCCGAGCGUGGACGAGGGGCAACUUUUCGAUUUGUUCGGCCAGGUGGCUACUGUUGUGUCCAUUAGGGUUUUCAGGGAUCAUACUCGGGCGUCCUCUCUCGGCUACGCUUAUGUCAAUUACGCCCACCCUCAUGAGGCUGCUCGUGCUCUGGAACGUUUGAAUUAUACUCUUAUCAACGGGAAACCUAUCAGGAUUAUGUAUUCUCAUCGAGAUUCUACUAUUCGAAGAAGUGGAUAUGCUAAUGUUUUCAUUAAGAACCUGGACACAUCAAUAGAUAACAAGGCAUUGCACGACACUUUUGCUGUCUUUGGGACUGUCCUUUCUUCCAAGGUGGUUGUUGAUAGCAAUGGUCAGUCAAAAGGUCAUGGAUAUGUACAAUUUGAAAAUGAGGAAUCUGCACAAAAUGCAAUUAAACAAUUGAAUGGCAUGCUGAUAAAUGAUAAAAAAGUCUAUGUUGGACUUUUUGUUCGCCGUGAUGAAAGGACUGAAGCAACUGGAUUGCCAAAGUUUACUAAUGUUUAUGUGAAAAAUUUGCCCGAAAAAACUACUAAUGAAGACCUCAAGAAACUUUUUAGCUCCUAUGGUACGAUCACCAGUGCAGUUGUUAUGACAGACACAAAUGGGAAGUCCAAAUGUUUUGGUUUUGUGAACUUCCAGAGCCCAGAUGAUGCUGCUGUUGCAGUUGAGAAGUUGAAUGGGGCCACUGCUUUUGAUGACAAGGUUUUAUUUGUGGGGAGGGCUCAAAGUAGAGGGGAAAGGGAGGCAGAGUUGAAGGAAAAAUUUGAACAGGAAAGAAUCAGUAGAUACGAAAAAUCUCAAGGUGCUAAUUUAUAUUUGAAAAAUCUUGAUGACAAUGUAAAUGAUGACAAGCUGAAGGAAUUAUUCUCCGAGUUUGGAACAAUAACAUCAUGCAAGGUCAUGGUUGAUUCCCAAGGUCACAGCAAGGGAUAUGGCUUUGUGGCAUUUUCCUCUCCACAGGAAGCUGCUAAAGCUCUGGAAGAAAUGAAUGGAAAGAUGAUAGGGCGGAAACCUCUGUACGUUGCUGUGGCCCAGCGUAAAGAAGACAGAAAAGCUCAGCUUCAGGCACAUUUUUCUCAAAUCCGAACACAUAGUGGGAUGGCACAGAUGCCUGCAGGAAUUGCAGGAUUUCAUCCUGGGGUGCCUAGAUUUUCCCCACAACAUUUGUAUUUUGGUCAAGGCAAUCCUGGUCUGCUACCCCCUCAGCCUUAUGGCUUCCAGCAGCAACUCUUCCACGGAAUGCGACCGGGUAUUGCUCCAAACUUUAUGAUGCCAUACCACCUUCAACGGCAAGGCCAGCCAGGGCAGCAAAUGGGUGUGCGGCGAGUUGGAAACCUUCAACAGGUGCAGCAGCAGCAGUUAAUGCAUCAUAACCCUCACCAAGGCUUUCGAUAUGUGGGAAGUUCUCGAACUGGCAUGGAUGCAUCUGUGGUUUCUCAAGGUGUUAUAGGGCCUGUGAUGUCUUUGCCUUUUGAUGGUUUGGGGAGGCCAGCAACUCCUAUUGACAUCCAACGACCUGGGCAUGUGCAUACUUCAGCACUUCUAUCUGCUCUGGCUUCUGCUAGUCCAGAGAAUCAGCGAGCGAUGCUGGGAGAACAACUAUAUCCCCAUGUGGAGCAGCUUGAGCCCAACAAUGCUGCAAAGGUGACAGGGAUGUUGCUGGAGAUGGACAAGUCUGAGGUAAUCCAUCUCCUUGAGUCUCCAGAUGCCCUGAAGCAGAAGGUGGCCGAGGCAAUGGAAGUCCUCCAUAAAGCUGCCUCGGAGUCCAGUGUUAGUGAUCGGCUUGGUUCCUUGGCACUGAAUGACUGAAGGUGUCAAUUGUUUAUGAGGUUUUCUUUGAGAUUAUUGUUUAUUUUGUGGGAGGUCCUGUUACUCACAUCACUCCAAAUGUAACACUCGGGUAACACCAUUGACGUAAAAAAAAUAUUGAUAUACUUGUCACAUUAAUUAUUAAAAAAAAAAAAAAGGAUUGACGAUCACGCCAAUGGUUUUACCCGAGUGUUAAAAAUAAUUUUUUUUUUUUUUUUUUGUUGGGCGAGGUUACAUGUUGCAACUUGAUUGCAAACAUUUUUUAAAGUCCUGAACUUUUUGGGA